UGAACAAUCCACACUCUCUGUCCAGUCCAUCAGCCACGGUCUAUGCCAUUCUACUCCUUACUCGGACAUUAAUAGUAUCCCCCGUCGGUGCGGCUCCAUCUAAUCUUCCGACUCCAUCUCCAUCUCCACAUCACCGCCCGCCGCCCUGUCUACCUCCUCGUCGCCUAUCCUCGUCGUUCCCCUCCAAGCGCCCUUCAAUCGCCGCCUUUUAAAUAAACAUCUCUCGGAUUAGAGGCUGGGUCAAGGCGAUGGUCAUUCGAACUUGUCGCCGAUGAGCUCCAUGGUCGAGGACAGCCAUGACUGGGCACGAGAGGAUGAGCUCGACCUGGGCCAAGAUGAGGAGCAGGACCAAGAACUGCAUGAUGCUACCCCCGGACAGAAUAGAACUGUGAAUGGUCCGUCGCCGGUGAAUGGCGACAAUGGUUCAAUCGCACAUGUCGAGGAGGGUCUGUCACCGGGACCGGAGGUGAACGGUCAUGGUCAGACGGCUGGGAUAGAGGAUGCUCCGCCGGUGGACCUGUCAUCGUCACCCCGGCCGGAGCUGUUGCGUGGGAGUAUUGAUGAGACUGCUUCUACGCCGGAUGAUACGCCGUCUCUACAGGGCUCUCUCCGCUCCUCGCCCAGUAGCAACCUGCUCGCACUCCGGCCCAGUCCCAGCCCCUCCCAUCGUCCCUUCGAUCUACGUUUCCAGUCGCGACUCUCCUCUCCGUCCUCACCGUUUGGCUCGCGAACAUCCUCGCCGUACUUGGGAUAUAUCCAUUCGCGACACUCCUCGUUGGUCAGCCAGCUUUCUCCGGGCACGGUAGAUUCCGGCGACGAAAACCUGCAGGGCCCCUGGGAUGUGGUACGAUGGACUCGAUUGCGGAAAAUAUCCGGACAAGCGUUCUCGGAGGUCGGGAAGCGAAACUUUGGUCAUCCUACUUGCAUGGCGGUUACCACGUUCAUCGUGAUCGGGACGUCGAAGGGUGUGGUUUUGGUGUUCGAUUACCAGCAGAGCUUGAAGGCUAUUAUCGGACCUAGCACGAGGGCGCUCGAAUGCGGCGCGAUCACGGCGCUGGCCCUUUCGGCAGAUCAUUCGACCGUCGCGGCUGGUCAUGCGUCCGGUGACAUAUUCACCUGGGAGAUCUCACGAUCCGCGCGCCCGUUCCUCCAGAUCCCUCCGAUUCCCUCAGAACAAAUCGAUUCGCGAACCUCAGAUGGACAUAUAUCCGGAUCGUCGGUCGUGCACAUUGGUUUCCUGGGUACCAGGCGCACGGCGCUGGUAUCAGCUGAUAAGCGGGGGAUGGCCUUUUCGCACCUGGCUACGCGGGGAAUGGGCGCUGUCGGACGAACCGUGAAGACCACUCGCAUUCUGGGCCGAUAUCCUCUGACAUUCGGAGAAGCUGGCCGUCCGCGAAAACCAAGCGCCAUCCUCGCCUUCUCUCCCCUGCCACUGGGAAACGUUGAGCAACCCACCGACACGCUUGGCCUGGUUGCUAUGCUUACGCCAUAUCUCCUGGUAAUUGUGUCGACGACACCCGUGGCGCAAACGCAGCAUAAAUCGCCGCGGCCGAAGGAGGUUACGGCUCAUGGUGCGAUGACGGGAGCUUUGGCUUGGUUCCCGGCAAUUCGACUGAAGGGGAAAGAUGCGCAGAUCUCAAAUACAAAACUUGUAUAUUGUUGGUCAAACGUGUUGACCGUACUCGAGGUUUCGGAGAUGGAAACCGAUGAGCCACCGUCUAGAGACCGGCCACCCCAGCUCGCAUUCAGAGCACGCAGUCGAUGGGUCGCUGACGAAGCCAUCGUUGCUGUGCAAUGGUUGAGUCGCUCCGUUCUUGCUGUGCUAACAAUCACGCAGCAGCUGCUUAUACUGGAAGACGGGUCUAUGCGCGUAACCGACUCUAUCGAUCUCCUCAACAGACACAUUUACCAUAUGGAUCUAUUCUCCGGGCAGCUUCAUUCCUUGGUCGAGCAGCUUGAUGAAGAAGAUGCUUCCAUGCACGGUGUGGUUGCUGAUGCGUUCUACAUGAGCUUCCGCUCCUACAAGGGCCGAUUAUUCCUGUUGGGCUACAAUGAGACGUUGAUGGGUGCGCUGUCGAAUUGGGCGGACAGAUUACUGGCUCUUAUGGAAGCUGGUGACUUUAUCGGAGCUAUCAAGCUGGCAACUUCGUAUUUCAAAGGCAGUGCAGAAAAGCUCACCGUUGGCCUCCCCGAAGAAGACGCGUUGAGACAGCCGAUUGUUCGAGAGAGGCUGUUGGAGAUGAUAUCCGCAUCGCUUAAGUACGCCUUUGGCCGCAAUGCGGAAGCAAACAAUGAGCGACUUGAGGGCAAGCAACUCGCGGAACUCGCAGAGGCCUCUAUCGCGGCCUGUGUCUGUAUGGAAGAAUUAGAGUUUCUCUGGGAUGAGGUUUUCACCUGGUACGAAGAACAUGAGUCGCAGGGGAUCUUCCUGGAUGCCCUCGAGUCCUACAUCGUUGAAGGAAUAGUGCGCUCGUUACCUCCUACCGCUGUGAAGGCGCUUAUCAAUCACUAUUUCACGAACCACAGCGCGAGUGGUCUCGAGGAGAUUAUCUGUCUGCUGGAUACCACGACGAUGGAUAUUGAUCAGGCCACGUCGCUAUGCAAGCAAUACAAUCUCUACGACGCUUAUAUCUACGUCUGGAACCGCUGUCUGGGCGAUUACAUCGGACCGCUGCAGGAUCUCUUGGGAAUGAUACCGCUGCCAGUGGAAUCGUUCGCCAACGGGGAGUCGGCAGAUGUGCUCAAGCAGUACACAAAUGCAGUGAAAAUGUUCCCAUACCUUUCCUUUGUUCUCACUGGCCGCGUCUACCCAACCGGUGAGGUCAUGGACGAGGCCGAAUCCGCACGUGCUAAGGGCUCUCUGUACGAUUAUCUAUUCUCAGGGAGCCCUUCGUACUCAGACCUCCAGACCAUGCUGCAAUUCGACACCCCCAGCUUCAUGAGCAUGCUUAACGAAGCGUUUGAAGACAGCUUCCUGAACGAGCAGGAUCCGGAUGAAGCAUCGCCUUCGCAAAGCGUCGGCAUUUCGAUCAACCGGCAGUACCUGAUUACGAUUUUAUUGCAGGUUAUGAGUUCCGCGUCGUCAUCUUUCACGCCUUCUGAUACUAUUUACUUGGACAUGUUUGUUGCGCGCAAUCUUCCCAAAUACCCGCAGUACAUCUUACUUUCCGGAACCACGCUACAUAACGUUCUUGAGAGGUUGUGCCAUUACCCGAACCCUGAAAUGGGCGAGGACUGUGAACUCAGUGUUGAGUAUUUGCUGUCUUUUUACCAUCCGCCUGAUAUUCAGAGUUUGAUUCCGCUGUUCCGGGAAGCGCGUUUCUUCCGUGUUCUUAAAGCCACAUAUCGUGCUGAGAAGCAGUUCCCGCAGUUGAUACUUACGUAUCUGGAGGAUCCAAACGAGCAGGAGGCGGUCUUUACUUGUCUACAGGACUGUCUCCGUCCUGGUUCGUGUCUGGGAAAGAAGCAGAGACGGGAUGUUGUCGAUGUGGUCCAGGACAUUGCACGGGGUUUGGCCGCGAUCAACGUGACCAAGGCGGCGCAGACCAUGCAGGAGCUUGCGCCAGAGACGCAUAACAAAUUUCUUCAGGUCCUGGAGGAGGAUAGCUACCGGCAGUAUCAGUACCUGGUGGUUAUUAUUGAACCGCAGACGGUGCGAGGUGGUGAGAGCAGACGUUCCGAUGUCGUCGAACCCUGGAUGGUGGAGCGGUACGUGCAAUUGCUCUGCAAGUACAACCCGACGCAUGUUGCAGACUUCGUAGAUGAAUUGCAAAUCGGCGACGUGCGACUCGAAGAACUCCUCCCGUCUAUGGAGGAUAGCGGCGUCGUGGAUGCAGCAGUCAUUUUACUGACUAGGCAAGGACAAGUCCGCGGUGCAAUGGAUCGUCUUCUUGCGCACUUGGAAACUCUACAGUCUGGACUUGUGGGCAUCCUGCGGAGUAUUCGGGAGAGUCCGGACUCUGCGAGCACGGCCGAGGCGAUCAAUGACCUGGUCGAGUCGUUGAACAAGUAUGCCCGUGUAGGCACCUGGCUGUGUCAGGGACAGACCAAAACGGCCAGGCAGUUGGGCGGAGGCCCAAUAAACGGUACACGGAGCAUGGCUGGGCUAGACCAGCCUUUAUUAUUCGACGAGGGUCUCUGGCUUGACUUGAUCGAGGCCGUGGUUCGGAUCGCAAGCAACGUGUUCACCCUGCUUACACAAGAAGACCUAGCCGACACCAAAGCGCAACAAGCCCCAACACCCUCGCAAUACGGAAGCAAUGCCGCACAACUCAUCUCCUCAUUCCGCACCCUCGUCCAACAAAUCUUCACCGCACUCCUCUCCAGCACCGUCAAAGGCGGCUCCUCUUCGUCCCUCUCCCCUGCAUCAAUUUCACCAUCAACACCAACAACACCAACAACACCCACGACUCCUAAAACCCCCAGUGUUAUUACUCCCCCCGGCAGCCAACGAAACGACAUCUCCUUCCUCCGCAUCCUGCGCUCCUUCCUCACCCGCGCCGCAACCUGGUCCCCCUCCCUCCUCGAACUCCGCGCCGUCCUCUCCUCCAUCUUCUCCGCCUACACGUACGAGAAAUCCCUAUUGUCAUUGGCAAACGGUAUGCUUGACCGCGACCUCUUCGUGCACGUCGACGAAGUCACCCGCCUCCGACAACGCGGCUGGCGGCCCCGCGGACAAACAUGCGAGAUCUGCCGCGAGAAGAUCUGGGGUCCCGGCGUGGGAAUGAAGUACUGGAGAAGCUGGGAAGAGCGACAGGGCGAACAAUCACAGCUUAGAAUGAGCAAGAUGAUCUCCGUGCAAAACGACCCCGCCAUCGAGCGAGGCAAGGGCAAAGCCGCUGCGCAUCACCGCGCCAUUUCUCAAAGCGCCGCCGCGAUCACAGCAGCAGCAAACCAGUCCUCAAAUGAUCAAAAAACAGUCGUCAACGACGAGGAAGAAACCCCCACACCACCGAACCCCGACACCGAACCGGCCAGCCCCGCUGUUAUAUUCUCCUGUCGCCAUUUAUACCAUCGUGAAUGUCUCGUUGCGAUUGGUGGUCCGUCGCGGAGUGUUGCGAGUCGUGCGGAUCAGCCGGUGCAUUUUUAUAACCCUGAUGGGUCGGGGUGGGUGCCUGUUUGUCCUGUUUGUACAUAGGUGUGGAUUGCUUGAUAGCUGUAUGUGACUUUUUAUGUUAUUUAUUGCGAUAUGUAUACCAGGGUAGGAAUAUGAAUGGAUUUAUGACCAUGGA